AUGAUGGCUGACCCGCUUGCCCUACAAGCGACGCGGAAGGCCCUCAUCGAAGGAAAGGCUGAUGCUCGCAGCAGGGCCGCACAGGCGAUUUCAUCACGCACCUUACAACUCUACAAGGAUGUGCCGACUACCGAAGCGGAAGAAGUGCUGGUGCUCGAAUUGCGCAGCGUGGGAGAUCAGCUGCUGCGCAACACCGCAGCAGUCUACCGCCGGGCUGGUCUGAUAUGUGUGCGCGCGGUGUGUGCUGGUCUUCCACACCAUCCGCUGGGCAGCAACCUGCUCAUCCACUUACUGGACCCUGUGCUGCGCAGCAUGGGCGACGCGGAUCCAAUCGUCCGCAUUGCCGCCAUCGAGGCUUGCUACGAACUUGUGCGCCACCACGGUGUGGAGGCGUGGGCGGCGCGAUUCACAGACCUUUUCACUGCGCUCUCCAUCGCUGUGAGCGACCGUGACAAGCGCGUCUUUCUGCUAGCCGAAGAGGUGUCGUGUACGUUGAAAGAGUCAGUGAGCCGCAGCGGGGCUGCUGCGGUGGACAUCAACGCCUUUGCCUCCUUUGUAUGCGAAACGCUAGGCAGCCACACCUCGGCGUCGAGAUCGCUUGUAGUCGACGUGGGAGCGGCGGUAUCGCAAUGGGUCCUCCAAUGGCUGCGAUUUGUGCUCGAACUGCCCGGCUGCCACUUCGCUGCCUCUAUGGCGUCACUCCUUCGCGUUUUGCUUGCCGCCUCCGACAGCAACGACACGAACGUGUUCGACAUUCUGUGUGAAUGCCGGCAAGGCGUCUCACAGCACUACUCGGCGGAGACGGCAGCGAAUGUAUGCGAGGUGGUCGACAUCCUGUGCACAAGCGUGCACGACGCAACAUCUGCACGGACGCGCGUGUUUUGCCUGGAGUGGCUGUCGGAGCUUGUCCACCUCGGAAUUGGCGACGACGUUUUUCAACGUCACCUCUCCUGUGUUCUGCAAGCGACGCUGCCGGAGCUGAGCUCGCACGAUGGCGCCACACGUGCAGCGGCAGUGACGGCCAACCAGGAAGUGCAACAUGCGAUUGUGCCUGUCGGGGCCAGCAUAUCGGCCGGAGUGGCUGAUCUUCUUCUGCGGAGCGUGUUGGAGUUGCUUGAUAGUGGUGCUGGAGAGGAGACGCUCAUUGGCGGACUAGAAUGGCUCCUUAUUCUGCACCACCUUGCUCCUUCCACGUCAGAAAACCUACUCAACAAUGUGCUAGAGACGAUCACCGUGUUGCUGGACGUCGCUGCAGAGAGCGUUGCGCUCCGGGCUACCGAGGUGGCAUGCGUGCUCACGAGCAACGGCCACUUUUCAGAAGUGGUUCAGCUCGUCCUGCAGCGGCUGCUGCACCACAAUCGCGACGGACUGCUGCUGCGUCGAUUCCCCGAUGUAGUGCGCCGCCUACAUACGCUGCGAAGCAGACUCGAGGGGGAAGACGUCAGAGAAAGUGUUCUCGUCCACUUCGCACGCGCGCUCUCUGACAUCACCGACUUGCGAUUCGUGAGCAAGGUGGUGCUCUCCCUCCAAUCCAUGCUGGCCACCUUCCCUGAGCUCGACGAUGUUCGACUGCUGCUGCGCCGCGGGCUGACAAACACCGCCACGGCGGAGAUGUUCUCGGCGCUGCUGCAGUGCUGGCGCUACAACGCCGUGGCGCUGCUCUCGCUGGGGCUCCUGUGUCGUCACUUCGUCUUCACCCGGCGCAUCUGUGAGCACCUUGGGGAGGGUGAGAUGUCUGUUGCCACGUACGUACAGCUCGACCACUUAGUGCAGCAGUUAGAGUCCUCCACCUUUACCUUUUUGCGCGUGUCCUUGUUGCGCCCCAUGUCGUGCCCGGCGCUGGUGCAGACGCUUUACGUGCUGCUGCUGCUUCUCCCCCAAUCCUCACCUCACUAUGCAACGCUUUCCCGGCGGUUGCAGCCUGUUACCGUUCUUGUGCAGCUGGACAAGAUGGCUUCCGAGCCCCUCACAGCAGAAGCCCAGGCCGACGUGCCUGGGUCCGAUUGGGACCACUAUAUAGCUGCUCAAGAAGCGCUUCUGCAGUAUGAGCAAUCAUUAUGA